GCACGCUGCUCUCCGCUGCUCUCCGCUGCUCUCCUCGCCGCAGCUCUGCGCUGCCCCGCGGUGCGGGCGCGCCCCGCCGCCAUGUGGCUCCCCCUGCUCCUCGGCGCCUUUCUACUCUCCAGUCCUGUGCGCGGGAGCGACAGCUCAGCUGCCACUGCUAUCACGUGCUUUACAAGAGGACUUGACCUUAGAAAGGGGACAGAAGAUGUCCUUUGCCCAGCAAACUGUCCUCUGUGGCAAUUUUAUGUCUUUGGGGAUGGAAUUUAUGCUUCUCUCUCCAGUAUCUGUGGAGCUGCCAUACACAGGGGUGUGAUCACCAAUGCAGGAGGAGCUGUAAGGGUAAAGACUCUCCCAGGACAGGAAAACUACCCUGCUGUAAAUGCCAAUGGGAUCCAGUCUCAGGUGCUCUCUAGAUGGGCUUCAUCUUUCUCAGUGACUCCAGCUACCAAGGACACAGCACUUGAAGCAGUUGGCCGAUCGGUAUCAACAGCACGUCCUUCUACAGGUAAAAGACCUAAGAAGACUCUUGAUAAAAAAGCUGGAAACAAAGACUGUAGAGCUGAUAUUGCAUUUCUCAUCGAUGGAAGUUACAACAUUGGCCAGCGUAGGUUUAAUUUGCAGAAGAACUUCAUUGGAAAAGUAGCUGUAAUGUUGGGAAUUGGAAUAGAAGGGCCUCAUGUUGGAGUCGUACAGGCCAGCGAAUAUCCAAAAAUUGAAUUCUAUCUGAAAAACUUCACUGCUGCAAAAGAAGUUUUAUUUGCCAUAAAGGAACUAGGGUUCAGAGGAGGCAAUUCCAACACAGGAAAAGCUUUGAAGCACACAGCUCAGAAAUUCUUCUCUUUGGAAAAUGGAGCACGGAAAGGAAUUCCCAAGAUCAUUGUAGUGUUUCUAGAUGGCUGGCCCUCAGAUGAUCUAGAAGAAGCCGGCAUAGUGGCCAGAGAAUUUGGAGUCAACGUAUUCAUUGUAUCUGUAGCAAAACCCACAACAGAGGAGCUGGGAAUGGUACAAGACACUGGUUUUGUUGACAAAGCUGUCUGUCGAACCAACGGCUUCUUCUCUUACCAAAUGCCCACCUGGUUUGGUACUACCAAAUACGUAAAACCUCUUGUCCAAAAACUGUGUUCACACGAGCAGAUGUUGUGUAGCAAGACGUGCUACAACUCCAUCAACAUCUGUUUCCUGAUCGAUGGUUCCAGCAGCGUCGGAGAGAGCAACUUCCGCCUCAUGCUGGACUUUGUCAGCAACGUCGCGAAGGCUUUUGAGAUCUCUGACAUCGGCUCCAAGGUCGCAGCUGUGCAGUUCACAUAUGACCAGCGCCCUGAGUUCGGCUUCACAGACCACGUCACUAAAGAAAAGGUCCUCUCAGCUAUCCGGAACAUUCGCUACAUGAGCGGGGGCACUGCUACUGGGGAUGCAAUUUCUUUCACAGUCAGAAAUGUGUUCGGGCCAGUGAAAGAUGGACCUAACAAAAAUUUCCUCAUUGUUUUGACUGAUGGUCAGUCUUAUGAUGAUGUUAGAGGACCUGCUGCAGCUGCACAAAAAGCAGGAAUAACAGUCUUCUCUGUCGGUGUUGCCUGGGCACCUCUGGAUGAUCUGAAAGACAUGGCUUCCGAACCAAGAGAGUCUCAUACUUUCUUCACCAGGGAGUUCACAGGAUUGGAGCAGAUGGUUCCUGAUAUUAUUAGAAGCAUCUGUAAAGAUUUUUUAGACUCUAAGCAAUAAAGAAAAAAUCUGCUGUUCACUAUUACUAUUUGAAACUAAAAAUCAUGAAAUUGAAACGGUCCCUCUAAUGUACAGAUGUUUUACUCGUAUAUACUAUCAUAAUACAAAGGAAGAAGAAGGGCUACUUUUUGUUUCUGUAAUCAGUCAAGGAUUCUUGUGAGCUUGUUAGAAGUUGUACUUGAUACUGAAAUGCAAAAUUUGGCCGACAGCUAAUAUUUUCAAUACAUACAUAGUAUCCCAGAGUUUAAAGCUAUGCAUAUCAUGCACUUAAGGAUAGCAGAUGUCCAGAGGAAAUCAUACAGCUCUGACUUUUUUCUGCCUCUUGCUAGAUAUCUUCUUACCAAAAAUAAUAUAAUUUUAAACACAAGGUACCAUCUUCUAUAAGCCUUCUGUAGCUUAUGAUUCUAUAUCUUUUAAAGGAGUUCUACUGGUAACAUGAAGUACUUUCAGUGCUCCAGUUGCAAAACAUCCAUUAUUGCCAGGUAGUUUAAGAAAAGAUAUAACAGAUUGUAACUAAAACAGUCUGUUUUUACUACUUAGGGUUUUGCUAUUGUGAAUGAUACUGCCAUCUGGUUGGAAAAAUUUACACCAAAAGUCAUUUCACUUCUGUGCGCAGAUUUCUGUGGAUCUGUUGGUUCUUUUGGCACAGAUUUUGAAAGGUAUUUAAGGCACAGUAGUUUUUUGAGAACCUGGAUCCUAAAAUAUUAGCUGUUACUACUGGUUCUUGCACCACUGAAGUCAACAGUGAUAUUCCAAAUAUAACUGACAACUGGAUAUUUCCUGUCUACUGCUAUGUACUAUCUUGAUUUAACAAAGUUGUUAUUGGCUAGACAGUUAGAGACAGGAAUCUUAGGCCAAGAGAUUAAAUUAGACCACACAAUGGGGACUGAAAGCAUUUAAAUUCAAAUCCAAAGGUAUCUCAAACCUUGAAACCUAACUGAUUUAUAUCAGAUUACAUGGUUAGAAGAGAGUAGGCAGACACAUUAAGUGGAAUUUAGUAGUUCACAGAAUAACAACUUCAUAAGGAUAGCAAAAACAUCUUUUUGUGUGAGGUUUUCUGAAGAUGAAAGAAUAGUUUUCUUGAUAAAAGGCUUUCAUUCAAUUACAUACCUAGUAAUAUUGCUAUAUUUAUACACACACAUGUGGUUAAAAUGAUGAGAUAUUCACAGAGUUAUUCCAGAUUCUUGGUGUGAAUAACAUACUUCAAGUAUUUAGAAAAUAAAGGGGGUUUGUAAGUAAAAUAUAUAAUAGAAAACAAAACAGCACUUUCCCUAUCAGUCUGGGGUUUCCCUUUUUUCCCAAUAUAGAUUGUAAAAUUUCUAGUAGUUACAGAGUGGCACAGAAGGGAUUGUAUUCAUCAGGCUUUUGCUAUGCAUUUUUUAAGAACAUAUAACUGACUAUAUAUUACUCUAAACAUAAAUGGCAAAGAUGCCUUGUAUUUUUCUAGUAACUGUUAUCCUUAAUUUUGUUAUGUGAUUAUAGAGUAUUCAGCUUUUGCUGUAUAAAUUCAUAUGCUGUAUCAACUUUGUGCUAAAGUUUCUUUCAUUUAGUUUAUAAACUUUUUAUAGAAAUACAUACUGCAAGAAAACUGGGA